UGAUCGUUGUGCUCUGCCUCGGUGCUGCUAGCGAAAGAUAUUCCAUAGAAGCGCUCAGGGGCCGACGGGUGACAAGUUACUCCCCAGCGAGGGUAACAAAGUCCAAAGCGUCUGUUAUGAUGUCAUUAUUCGGUUAAAUAGCUGCUACUGAUGCUUCCAUGAACUCGGCAGGGGAGCUAUAGGUGAAAGGUACCUGAGAACGGACACGUGACACGUGGUUCCUCCCAGCGCCGUCACAGAAGGGGAAGUACAGACGAGGAAGUUUUUUGCUUUUAAUGGCGCUUUAUAGACUGCAGCGGGACGGCGCGCUUCAGCCCCAAAUCAUGGAGUCUGAGAAGGAGGACCUGAUGUUUGAAGGGUUUCUACAGAAAAGAAAAGACACGAUGAAAUUUACGUGGGCAAGGUAUUGGUUUAAGCUCCAGAACACGACCUUAUACUUCUACCUCACCGGGGAUUCCCAGUCGAUGUCACUGCGUGGUCAAUAUUACAUGAGUUCUGUGCAGUCGGUGAGGAAAGCAGCCGCCACGGAAAAUGAGUUCACGUUUGAGAUCGUUAUGAAAAAUGGAAAACGGAAGCUGCUGGCUGCAGACACGGCUCCGCUUCGUGAUGUGUGGAUGGAGUUUCUGUGGAAAGCCAUGCAGUUACCGGGGCCCGGCCGACACGCUUCCUCCUGCACGUGGUAUGAUAUCCCCGGACUCCUGCAGAGGGCUGAGCCACGGGCCGGAGUCCACUCACUCGCAUUAAAUGCGUCCCCUGGCGGCGCUGCGCAGGAUGGUAAUGAAAUCUCCCGCUGGAAAUGGCCAGCGAUGGGGAUGAUGAGAAACAUAUCUAUGACGUGCCGAGAGCGGCUUAUCGCUCGUGUCUGGAGACGCGGAAGCCGGACGGUGACCUCCAAACGUCGCAGGAAACGCUCCAAUAACUGGAUAGUGAAUGCGGGACGGGCUUAGGACCCCCGGAUCUAGGGCAGGGUGCAGGGCCACGUAAACCUCGAGGUUCUUACAGCAGGUAGAUAAAUAAGUGAGCUGGAACCUGUGUAAUGUAUAGA